UCUGUUCAUAAACACCGGAGGCCCUUUUCCUAGUCAAAGACUCUUCCAAAUCCUUUCUUUCUUUGAGAGUAAACAACAAAUCCAAAACCGAUCGGACAGAAUAUUCGUCGAGGACUGUCGAGAUUAUGUCAUUUGGCAUUUUCAACUUACUCAUACAGGAAUCGCUGAUAAAGUGCCUCAAAACUAAAAUCGAAGGGCUUUUUCGACGUUUUUCAGUGCCUUUGAUCAUCAUUGAUUCCGUGGCUGGAGUGUUUCGAGGAGAUGAGAAUGUUUAUUCUGCACCACAAAAAGCCCGCCAAAUUUGUCAAUUGGGCUUGGUUCUCCAGUCUCUACAGCGUCGAACAAAAGGAGUUAUUUUGUGUCUGAAUCAAGUUGCGGAUUGUUUAGAGGAAUUUAUUCCUUGUAAAAUCCCAGCAUUGGGAUUGACAUGGGCCCAUUUUAUGACUGGUCGUGUAAUGCUAACUCGUCACUGUACAAGUCCAUCCGUGGGGACUAGUAGACGCACUUUUACUGUAAUUUCUGGGCCAAAUUUGCCUCCUGCUUGUGCGGAUUUUGUGAUUGAUGCAUUUGGAUUUCAUUUUGUUUAAUUGCCGCUAG